AUGUGGAUGGGAUAUUUGUUAAUUUAUAUGAAUGACUUAGUAAUUAUUUCAAGCACAGUUGAUGAGAAUAUUGAAAGACUGAAGAUAGUAUCAGGAACCUCGGCUAACCAUGGUCUAAAAAUUAAUUGGAAAAAAUGUCAAUUUCUCAAAAAAGAAAUUAAUUACCCGGGAUAUCGAGUCAAGCACAAUAAACUGAGUCCAUCACCAUUAAAGCUGGCUGUUGUGGUAAAAUAUCCAAGAAUACAAAGUGUAAAGCAUAUACAGAGCUUUUUAGGACUCACCAGAUAUUUUCGAAAAUUCAUCAAGGACUACGCUUUGAUUGCCCGGCCAUUGAGCGAAAUACUUAAGGAGGGGAUACCAUGCGUAAUUGGGCCUCAACAGGAAAGUGCAUUUAAUAUGUAA